AAGAAUGCCGAUAGAAGAAAACUGUUUCAGUUAGUCAAAGUUAUAUAAUAUGGAAACGCAUUUCGGUGUAUCAUUGUGCUGGUUUUUAUCAUUUUUUCUCUUCAUUUUCCCGCCAUGCUCUUCUUGUUUCCUCAUUUCAGGCACUAACACAACAGCUCUGGCUGGAUUCAGGGCAUGCAGGUGCUUAGAGAACUACUUUCGCUUGGAUCGCUUUGGUUCAUGUACGGUCUGCCCUGGUCAGGGUGUCGAAUGUUCCAACGACACACAAAAUUUGUCUCCCGGGUUUUACUGGUCAUGGGCGAGAAGUGGAAGUAACUCCGAUAAGUACUUUUACAAACUCCUUAUCACUAAUUUGGCGAUAGAAAGCGACAGCUACGACAACGAAUCAGUGAAAUACGUUGGUAGAGUUCCAAAAGCCUACAAAUGUAUUCGUCAAGACUCCUGUCUUGGAGGAAUUGAUUCCGAAUGUGCAGAGGGCUAUGCUGGACCUCUGUGUGCCAACUGCCAAUCAGGAUUCUAUAAACGGAUGAUCGUGUGUCACAGGUGUCCUUCAAAGAAGCUCAUUGCCAUACAGUUUGGAGUAUUGGGCUUCAUAGUACUUGUGAUCAUCUUAGUUAUCGCCAAGAGCGAGAAGUCUUCAAAGCCAGGGAAGAGAACCGUAGCUGACAUCUUUCUUGCUCACGUAAAGAUUGUUAUCGGGUUUUAUCAGGUUUUGGCUGGCUUACUUCAAGCGUUUUCGUAUGUCAAGUGGCCUUCCGAAGUUUCUGUCCUUGAAGGUUACAUCAAGUUUGUCCAGCUUAACGUCCUACAGAUUGUUUCCCCAAGUUGUGUCGAAAAAAGCUUCGAAAUGAAUGCUUAUAGACAUUUCGUUUUCACAUUGGCUGGAAAUGUGCUGAGUGUCACUGUUCCCCUGUUUUGGUACCUUGCGAGGGUAACGUGGAUGAAGGUAAAACAAAAACAACACGACGAAAGUCAUCUCAUUGACAUCAAAAAGUCUUGCCUCAAAAUUAUAGUAUUUCUGUUAUUUGUUGCGUAUCCGUCUACUUGUGUCAACAUUUUUCAGAUUCUCCCCCUCUCUUGUCACAAGUUGUGUCCAUUUGAGGGAGCUUCUAACUGUCCAUCGUUCCUAAGAGCUGACUAUUCAAUUCUGUGCGACACAGAUACGCAUAGGAAAUACACUUGGGCAGCGUAUGCCUCUUUAACAUACGUAAUUGGCUUUCCUAUUUUUCUGGCGUACAUCGUUUGGAAAACCCACCUUCAGUCUCAGAGAUCCAACAGAUUCUCCCUAGCCGAUGAAAGAGGCAACAUGGAAGCAGUGGCGUUUGCCAUUUUGUUUUUGCAUGAAAAUUACUCACCAAGUUGCUGGUAUUGGGAAAGUGUGGAAAUGGCACGAAAAGUGAUCCUGUCGGCUGGUGUUAUCUUUGUAGGAUCUGAAAGCCGCACGCAAGUCGGUAUCGCUGCCAUGGUAUCGGCUGGAUUUGCAAUGCUCCAUGGGAGGUUUAGACCAAUAACUGACAGAUUUGAGGAUUAUUUGCAAAUGACGUCCCUCUUGGUGACGUCAUUCAACCUUGGAAUAGGUGUGCUGCUGAGGGUGCCUUCAGACGAAGCAAGUGAAAGUCGUGAUAACGUCGGCCUCGGAGUUUUGCUGUUGGUGACAAAUGCAUUGGUAAUAAGUAUUGUGUUAGGUGAGAUAAUUAACUAUAUUGAUAUUAGCUUUAAAUGUAGUCGAUUAAUUUCAACAGUAAGCAAUUAUUGGACGAAGCAGAGUACAGUGUAUGGCAUAAAAAAAUUAUGCAGUCAUUCCAAACGCUGUCUUGUCCAGAUAACCAGAUUUCCUACCUAAAUCUUGAAUGUAACAGUCUCUUUUAAACGCGAAUAAAUCUACUAGCAGUUAUAUUUCAA